AACGUAGUCAAAACAUUAUGGCUGCCGAUUGUUGACAGCAUCUCUGUUCGAUUUUUUACAUAAAGUAAAUAAAGCAUAUUAUUUUUAAUACAAAAUACAAUGAGUUGUGUACUUCGAGGUUGUAAAAGUGCAUGGUAUCCAAAUUGUGGUGUGAAAUUUCACGGGUUCCCUAGUGACCCUGACCUGAGGCAAGCUUGGUUAUCUAAAAUACCAUUAAAAUCAAAUUAUUAUAAAUCUGCCAGAAUUUGUAGCCUACACUUUCGAUCUGAACUUGAAGACUAUGAUGUCAAUAGACCUGACCGCUUAUUGAAAUCUGCUAUACCAAAGAUUUGUGGGUGUUGCGAAACAUUGGAAUGUCUUAAUAUUCCUUCAAGCUCACAAGAAACUCCUUGCGCUAAAGCGUCAGCAAUGCCGAUACUUGAAAAAUAUCUCGAUGAAAAUGAACCACCUAAAAAGAAACAAAUUGUGGAAGUGCAAGAAGCUAUCGUUUUACCUGUUUGUUCAUUAUUUAAAAAUAACAGAAAUAUAUUAAAACCAAUGUUAAAAAGGUUUAAAAUCAGAUGAUCAGAGAGAUAUAAAAUGGAAUUUGUCAGUAAUUUAUGUAAGUCAAAUUGUGAUAAUUACCAUGUAUUAAUGUAUCUAAGAAUGAGAUGUUUAUUUUGUAAUAACUAUUUAAGAAUCUUGACGUUCAUAAGUGUUACCGUGUGACCUAUAUGAAUAAAUUAUUUUGAUUUGACUGAU